CGGAAGUGAACCGGAAGCACAUGUUUCAGAUGAGUCCUGAGGAGAAGAGGCGGAAGCUCCAGGAGGAAAACCAAGAUCCGAUCUCCUCCCACCAUGAUCCUGUCUCCUCCCACCAUGAUCCUGCCUCCACAGACAACAGUCCUACCUCCGCCCACAAGGAUCGGCUCUCCGCCUUUCUGGAUUGGUGUACCACCUCUGGAAUCCACCUGAACCCGAAGGUGUCCAUCGGCAUGGAAGGGACGGUGGCACAGUACGGGAUGGUGGCCUGCCAGGAUGUUCCGGCUGGAGAAGUUGUGUUUACCAUCCCCCGCUCGGCUCUGUUGUCACAACAUACGACCCGGAUUCAGGAAAUGCUGGAGCAAGAACGGCAGAGUCUGGACAGCACAUCCGGCUGGGUUCCCCUCAUCCUCUCCCUCAUGUACGAAGCCACAGAUGCCAGUUCACCAUGGGCCCCUUACUUUGGGCUGUGGCCCCAGCUGAUCCCUCCUGACCUCCCCAUGUUUUUGUCAGAGAAGGAGCGGUCGGAGCUUCUGGAGGGCACCGGGGUGCUGGACGCAGUCGGGAAAGAUCUGCAUAAUAUUGAGCGGGAAUAUGAGAUGAUUGUCCUUCCCUUCAUCCUGAGACAUCCAGAGACGUUCAGUCCUCAGACUCACACACUAGACCUCUACAUGAGGUUGGUGGCCUUUGUCAUGGCUUACAGUUUCCAGGAGCCGAUGGAGGAUGAAGAGGAGGAUUUUAGUAAGGAAGUCCUUCCUCCUAUGAUGGUUCCCGUGGCGGAUUUGCUGAAUCAUGUUGCACGGCACAACACACACUUGGAGUUCACAACUGAGUGUCUGCGAAUGGUGACCACGCAGUCGGUUCCAGCGGGACACGAGCUGUUUAAUACUUAUGGACAGAUGGGGAACUGGCAGCUUCUGCACAUGUAUGGCUUCUCUGAGCCGCAUCCAGACAACAUCAACGACACGGCUGACAUCCCCAUGGGCGUUCUCCGAGAAGCUGCACUGCAAGGUGCAGAGUCAGAGGAGGAGAAGGCAAAGCUACAAGAGAGGUGGUCCUUCCUGUGCCGUAUGGAGAUGGUGGGGGAAGAAGGAGCAUUUGUCUUCGGCUGUGAGGAGGUGCUGACAGAUGACGAGCUGAAGACCUGUCUGAAGCUGCUCUGCAUGUCUGCCGAAGAGUUUGCUGAAUACAAGGAAAAUGAUGGCUGGGAAGAGGAUGAGGAUGAUGAGGAGGAAGAGACUCUGACCUUUCAGAAAGUGGCACGUAUGCCAUUGUCUUGGCGCAGGCUCCUCCAUUCCGGGGCAGAGCUUACCAUGCAGAAGUACACCACCAAUCUGCGUAGCGACCAGUGUAUCCUCGAUGAUUCCACCGAGUAUGCCAAGCUGAGCAGCAGACAGAAGUAUUCACUCCAAGUGCGCUAUGGACAGAAACUGAUAUUACAGAGGCUGAUGGAACUGACUGCCGGCUGAACCACCAGUGUGAAUGUGAACUUAUAAGAAAGGGCGCAGCGCUAAAAUGCAAUAUAGCUAAU